AUGGAAGACAAACUCAUGUCCCAUGGUUUAAUGACCAUCCGAGAUGUAUUCUCCCAGCUGACCUGGUUAAAAUGUCUGGCGGUGUUGAUCUUUUCAUGCAUCGUGACUCGUGUGAUUACUGGUCUACGCAGUCAACGGAACUCUGACUCGACAGAGGCGCGAACACCACGAGUAGCCCCCUACUGGUUUCCACGGUUCGGACAUGGACCAUCAUUUCUGUGGGACCAUGUUGGUCUGCUGGAGUCAUUACGGGACUCAAUGGGUGAGCCCGUGUUUGGAAUCUACUUGCAAGGGAAGGUCCACAACACUGUAGUGUCACCAUCAAUGAUCAAGACAGUCUUAUCGCAAAAACCAUCUGGCAUGAUAGUGCUUGAUCAGGCAAUGCGAAAUGUCUUUGGCGACCGAACCAUGGUGCGCAGUUUGCGUUCAAACCGUAACGAGGAAAUCGGUGGUGAUGUUUCAGCAAUUAUCAGCAAAGAAUCGUUCAUCACUGAUACAUCGAAGGCAAUCACCCGGCUGCUGCAGCGCAACGCUCCGAAUUUGGUGACCUUCUCUCGAAGCCCUGUGGACCAAGCUCCCUGGGAGCGCGACAGCUCCGUGUCGUUAUCUGAACAAGACCAGUCAAUCUGCGAGGUGAACCUAUUCGCGCUGGUGAGAGACUUCGUGGGCCACAACAUCACCACGUUGCUGCUAGGCGAGGCCUUCGUAGAAUCGUUCCCCGGUACGCUCCAGCAGUUUUGGACGUUGGAUGCCAAUUUCGUGUCGUUAUUUGCAGGAUUCAAGCGAUGGACACCUACGCCUGGUAUUUCCGCAGGACACGCUGCACGUUAUCGUCUCACGCAUAUCAUGUCGGUCUUUUACCGUGCGUUUACGGCCUGGGAUAAUGGCAUUGACCCAGGCAUUGAGCUUCGCGAUCUUGAUGAUGUGUCAGAGCUGUUCAAGCAACGCAUGCGAAUCUUCAACAAAAUGGACUUGUCGCCACAAGCCAGCGCGGCAGGUAUGUUAUCCCUUCACUGGGACCUGAUGGAGUACAUUGUCAAAAUGACAUUCUGGAAUCUUGUUCACAUUUUCGCCGACGAAGAAUUGCUCAAAGACAUCCGAAAGGAGAUGGCCCCGGCUGUGGAUUCCUCUCGCCCCAAUCGGCGAGAGACUGGAUUCCCAUUUGAUGAGCCCCCGAAGCUCAACCUCGACAUUGAGAAAAUGCUACAGACAUGCCACCUAUUGAAAGCUUGCCACUACGAAACCAUUCGUCUCCACUCUGCCGGAAUAUCACUCCGAGAGUUAGAAUCGGACUUGACUCUUACCGAGUCCGCGGGAGAAGCCAUAGAGCCUCGUACAUACAAUAUCCGAAAGGGCGAGAAGGUGCUCAUGCCUCAUGGCGUCUACCAGAACGAUCAAACGCGAUUUUCGAACCCAGACCAAUAUGAUCCGCUUCGUUAUCUUGUUACGAACCGUACAACUGGUAGCAAGGAGGCGAAUCCAGAUAUCCUCGGGCCAUUUGCAGAAGGUCUGUAUACGCCGAAGAAUAACGCUUUCACUGAACGGGCUAUCCUGGCGUUUACUGCUUCGAUCGUGUCUAUGUGGGUUAUCUCUUCCGCAGAUGGCAAAGGCCUUGUUGUACCCCCCACAAGAAGAGCUGGGGCUCUUUCUUGCCUGCGAAGGAUGUCAAGGUGCAUGUCAAAGCGAAGGUUUAAAGCAUUGUUUCGGAGUUGA